AAUUUUAUCACGUGAUGGUCAAAAUGGCGUCAACCAAACAGGAAGCUGCAAUAGUGAUCCUUUAAGUUCAUGCUUUCGUAACAUUUAAGUUGUAAUCAUUCAAAAUGAGCGAAAGGGACUAUGCUCCGUUGAGUGCUUCUUGUAUAAGAGCACUCAAUGACAAGCUGUAUGAAAAGAGAAAAGUGGCAGCGUUGGAAAUAGAAAGAAUGGUGAAAGACUUCUCCACCUCUCUUCAGUUUGAUCAAAUAAAACGGAUCCUGAAAGUCCUUGGUGAUGACUUUGCAUAUUCCAGCAACCCCAACACACGGAAAGGUGGACUGAUUGGUCUUGCUGCCACGGCCAUUGCACUGGGAAAAGAUUCCAGCAGUUACAUCAACGAGCUGGCCAAACCUGUGAUAGCAUGCUUCCACGACCCCGACAGUCGGGUGAGAUACUACGCGUGUGAAGCCCUCUACAACAUCGUCAAGGUCUCCAGGGGAUCUGUUUUGCCGUUUUUCAAUGAAAUAUUUGACGGCUUGAGUAAGUUGGCAGCAGAUCCAGACCAGAAUGUCAAGAAUGGAGCUGAACUACUGGACAGACUCAUUAAGGACAUUGUGACUGAGAGUUCAUCGUUUGACCUUGUGGCAUUCAUCCCGCUGCUGAGGGAGAGAAUUUACACAAAGAAUGCUUUUGCCAGACAGUUUGUUGUGUCAUGGGUGGAGGUCUUGGAUGCUGUUCCUGACAUCAACAUGUUGGUUCUCCUCCCAGAGAUACUUGACGGGCUCUUCCAGAUCCUGGGGGACACCAAUCAUGAGAUACGCAAACUGUGCCAGGGUGUUUUGGAGGAGUUUCUCACUGGCAUCAAGAAGUCAAAAAAUGGCGUCAAUUUCACAGGAAUGGCAAACAUACUCAUCGUUCACAGUCAGAAUACAGAUGAUCUGAUACAGAGCACAGCUAUAACCUGGCUGCGAGAAUUCAUUGUGUUGUCGGGGCGCAUUAUGCUGCCUCACAUGGCUGGAAUUCUCAACGCAAUCCUUCCAUGUCUGGCUUACAACGAUGACAUGCGGAGAAAAGGCCAUAGACAUCCUGAUGCAAUUCACACACAAAGGGUUCGGGAGGCAGCAGAGAAUCUGAAUGUCAGUCUACAGAAGCUGAUUGAGGUGCAGGAUGACCUGCCUACACCCACCCUGGAGUCCCUGGCAGACUCCACCCUCCACUCCGACCCUGACACAAGCAAGGAGACAUCACCUGACACAGAGUCAGCCCGACCAGACAGUUCCAGUGCAAUACAGUUGGAUGUUUUAUCUGUGAUCAAAGUAUUACAACGAAUGUUAGGCCAUGAAGCUAUACAGACUAGAGUUUCCGCUCUACGCUGGUUCAGCCUGCUUCUAUCAAAGACACCCAAUAAGACCUUUCGAUAUAUAGAUGAGUUCUUUAAACUACUUCUCAACACUUUGUCCGACCCGUCAGAUGAUGUGGUGUUACUAGAUCUCGAAGUCUUGGCAGAAAUAUCAUCCAAUCCUGCUGGUGACAAUGUUACCACAGAAACCACGAAUUUGACAAUUCCUAGUCCUGUGAGGCAGCUGGUGGAUCUACAGAAAGGUCUCAAUCAAUAUUUCACCAAUUUCAUGAUCCACCUGCUGGACCUGUUCAAGACAGACAGACAGUUGCUGGAAGAUAGAGGAUCUUUCAUUAUUAGACAGCUUGCAGUGUAUCUGAAUGCUGAUGCAUUGUUCCGGUGUCUGGCUGAGAUCCUGCCGCAGGAGGAGGAUGUGACCUUCGUGUGUACCAUGGUGCAGACUCUCAACACCAUCCUCCUCACCUCAACAGAACUCUUCCAUCUUCGCUCACAGCUCAAAGAUCUGCAAACAGAGGAAAGCUGUUCACUGUUCUGCCGCCUCUACAAGUGUUGGUGCCACAGUCCGGUGGCCACGGUGUGUCUGUGCUACUUGUCACAGAACUACACACACGCCUGCAACCUCCUCCACUCCUUUGGUGACCUUGAGGUGACGGUGGACUUCCUGAAGGAGAUUGACAAACUGGUGCAGCUCAUUGAGUCCCCUAUCUUUGUGUAUCUACGUCUGCAGCUACUUGAUGUUGAGAGCAAUGAGGACCUGAUCAAGAGUCUGUAUGGUCUGCUGAUGUUGUUGCCGCAGUCCGAGGCAUUCAAGCUACUGCGGUACCGACUUGAGUGCAUCCCCCACUACCAUUUUCCUGACAAAACAUCAAAACCCAAGAAAAAAGAAGAAAGGCCACUUGUAGCCAAGAUAAACUUUGAAGAACUAUUAGCUCAUUUUCACAAAGUACAGGCCAAACAUCGAGAUUCCAAGCGGAGUCAGCAUGCCCUGAAGCUGUCUGCAGUUAAAACACUCAAUAUACAGUGAACCCCUGUUGGAAGACAAUAUUAUUUAUGCAAAAUAGAUAAUUUAAGUGGUAAAUGUAUAUAUUUGUACAGUGUCAUCCUGAUGUUGUCAGAGGCUGUGAGUAUGUUGGGAGUGAUGUCUGACUAUACCCUGUCAGCUGAGCGGAAUGAAUUAUUUUUUCUAAAUUCUUUUUGCUUGUGAAACAGGCACAGCUGUAUUUUCUCAGAAAAGUGUGCAUUAUACACAAGUAAAUAUGGCUUGCAGAGAAAGUAAUGACAAUGUCAUCAAAUCUAGGAAGUACAGAUUCAGAUGACUUGCCUGGUGGGCUUCAGGCAGCAGGCACAGAGGACUCUAUACUACUCCUCUCAUCCCUCUACACUGCACCUGACAUAGGAGAAAUGUCCCCAGUCACUGUGGGAUGCAGCCAGGCAUGUCAUCGUCACAAGUGGGACUUCUUAGACUUCAAUGAGUCGCUCCACAUGUUUCUAUUUUCCAACACCAACCUGAAGGCGUGGAUUUUACCAUUUCAUUAUCAGCUGGUUGCCUUUUGUCAAUGUCUUCACUUGCAAAAUUAUUAAAUGCUUCAAAUUGGGAAAUGUACUCUGGUAGGGAACACCAAUACUAGUCUUUGAUGGUUGUAAAUCCAAACUAAAUUUUCAAAAAAGCUAACACCCUUUUCUCUGUUGCACAUGUGCAGACAGAACUUGAGCCAAUGUAUGGCAAUGAUUAUAAUUCACAAGUUGGUCAUUCGGGAACUAUAAAAAUACAUUUUACUGAGGCGGUCAGUUUGCUUGUGAGGCGGUUGUGGAUGAGAAUCUAAUAAUUAAUUUAUUGUGGCCUAAUAGAAUUAUUUUCACUUCUUCAUGUCUACACACUUGCAGACUACCAAUAUAUAUCUGUAAUGUUAAUGCUACAUAGAGAAACAUUAAAUUACUGUCCACAUUUUCUUGGAACCAGGAGCUUGUUGCUCUAUGUUUUAUUUUACAAGACCAUUUCUUGUUUUGUCUUACUGCUUGUUUGUACAUGUAUUGUGAAAAGUUCUAAUACACUUAUAUACAUUA